GGGGAGGAGGCGGGGCCGCCGUCGCCUAGCAACCGCGCCGCCGCCGCCUCUGCCGCCACAUGGCUGCUGCUGCCGCCGCCGCCGAGGAAGCGCCGCCGCCAGGCCCGGCACCCCCGCUGCCCCCGCCGCUGCCGCCGCCGCCCCCCAGCCUCUGGGAGCAGAUCUGCGCAGAAUUUGAAGUGGAGCAGCCUCCAUAUCCUGAUCCUUAUGAACAGAAACCAGAACCAGCGCUUGUGCCUACAAUUCAGGUUCCUUUGGAUGAUGGCACUUCCCCACCUCCGAGUGGGGAUCAGAGUGAAUCAGUACCCACUGAAGAAUCUCCUCCUCAGACCCCUUCUCUCCUGGCCCUGUCGCCACUUCUUGCCGUUCCUGAUCUAAAAACGUGUCCUCCGAGAGAGUUCUUAGAAUACUACAUAUUCCCAGUGCUUCUGCCAGGGAUGGCUGCACUCUUGCACCAGGCUAAGAAGGAAAAAUGUUUUGAGAGAAAAAGGACCAAAUUCAUUGCCCUUGAUUUCCUAACGGAAUGGUUAUACAACCACAACUCAAAGCGGGAAGAGGAACCGUUUGUCGAAUUCUUUGAGAUCCCGUUUGUGAAGGAGUGGCUGAAGGACCAUCCCAGGCCGCCGAUCCCGCUCUCGCUGUUGUUAUCUGAAGAAGAAGCAGGCAACAUCAUCCAGUCGUUCUGGAGAGGUUAUCGGGUUCGCUGCGACCCAGAAGUUCAGGAACUCCGCCAGUGGCAGAAACAUUUGAGGGAGACGAAGAACAUUGUUAAACGGGUCUGGGAAUUCUGGACCAAGCAAGAAAAAAAAGUGGGCACCAAGAUGGAGGACUCUGGGCAAGCCACCCCUGUCCGCGUGCGAAUGCCGAUAAUACCUCACUCGCCCACCUCUCAGAACAUAGAAGCAGAGGUCAAGGAAGACCCGUUGCAGUUCUCUGACCCAGGCACCCCCAUAACGCCUCCUGCAGGAGAAGACAGUCAGUUGUGAGCAGGCAUGGAAGAGACCGAGAGCAGCCGCUCGCCUUCUGACACGGACCUCAGCAGCAGCUGGAGGUACCCGAAGCAUCCUGGCCAGCCACGGCUGCCUCUCCAGGGGAGCCCACCUGGCGGUGGGGUGUCUGCACCGUCAUUAAAACUAAUCCAGCAUCAAAGCGACAACACCAUUGUAAGUAAAUAGUAAAGCUUUUAUUUUUUACUCUCUCUCUCUUUGUUAAGAACAGCAUUUUGAAAAUAAAAUGUAUUUGCCCAUGC